GUAGGCAACUACGCAUGCGCCCAAUCCUUGCGCGCCGCCAUGUUACUAUGGCAGCCGGAUGCGCAGCAAGACGGAAGUCAGUACAGUAUUUCCGCCUCACAACACUUCCGGGUUGAAAGACGAGUGCUACACUAUCUCAGGGAUGGAAGGGGGCAAAUUUAAGACCCACACUGCAACUUUGCACAAGAAAAAGAAAUGGUCUUCUGUGUCUGAAAAAAGACUUCAAAAAUGGCCCUCUCAACACUUGGAGAGUGAACAGCCUCAGGUAUCUGUGCGGAAGAAGAGGAGGAGGGAGUCGCAGACACCAGCCCAGGAGAGCUUAGAAAGUGAACAGCCUUGGAAAGCCAAGAAGAAGAAGAAGAGGAGGAGGGAGUCCCAGACACCAGCCCAGGAAAGCUUGGAGAGUGAGCAGACUCCAAUGUCUAUGCUAGGGAAAAGGAGGAGGGAGUCCCAGACACCAGCCCAGGAGAACUUGGAAAGUGAACAGCCUUGGAAAGCCAAGAAGAAGAAGAGGAGGAGGGAGUACCAGACACCAGCUGAGGAGAGCUUAGAGAGUGAGCAACCUUGGAAAGCCAAGAGAAAGAAGAAGAAGGAGAAGGAGUCCCAGCAGCUUACUUCUUCCCUUCUGAAAAAUUCAGAGACCUUCCAUAAAGCUAAAAAAACCACUGCUGCCCACAAAAAGAAAAAGAAUAGUGUUUGGGAGGUGGAUAUGGAAACUGGGAUCAUUCUUGUGGAUAAAGAAAACAUGGAGAACCUGCUAGAGACUUCUAGAAAGGAUGUGGAUAUUGUUUAUGUUGAUAUGAGCAAGGGACAAAGGUCAGCAAAAGUGAAUGAAACAGAAGAGCUGCCCAUGGCUGAAACCCAGAAACGUGACUGUCGAGAGCUGCACAGUGAUAUCAGGAGCAAAAAGAAUCAAAAGCACCCCCAGAAAAUUGCACCCCAGGAUGCUAUCCAGGGAACCCAGCCUGAGAGGAUCUCCCUGCCCCAGUCAGAGUCCUUGUCUCCUGUGGAUCUAGAAGGCAAAAACACAAAAAUAGCAGUGUUUUGUAAGAAGAAGUCUAAAAAAAAAGUGUUCAGGAGCCAAGAAUUGGAGGCCGUCUCUGAGAGUCUUGUUAGCUCAGAGACUAUCCCUGAGAGUCUUGAUAGUGCACACCAUGGAGGAGAGGAUGAGACUGAAGAAGAAGGUGAGAGCAUCAAAGAAUCCCACAGGAUCCGGAAAAAGUCCAAGAAGAAGAAGCACAAGUCUGUUACUCUUGCCACCUCUGGUGACAGUGUCUCAGUGCUGGACAGCACGGCUGAGAGUGCCCUCGUGGACUCACCAGAAGGGAGUGGUACUUUGAGGGAAGAGGACGUGGACCACGGGUCAACAGAGGCAGAAGCCCAGGCCCGUCCCACCGAGAAGCACAGGAAGGAGAUACAGAGAUUAGAACCUACCCACGAAGAAAGCAAUUUGGAAUCAGCUAGCAAUUCUGCAACAAGAUGCGUAUCUGAGGACAGGAGAGAUUCUGAUGAGUCAGAUGUGGAUUUGGGCUCUGCAGUGAGGCAGCUCCAAGAGUUCAUUCCUGACAUACAGGAAAGGGCGGCCACCACAAUCAGACGCAUGUAUCGAGAUGACCUAGGGCGCUUCAAAGAGUUUAAGGCACAAGGGGUAGCUAUUAGAUUUGGCAAAUUUUCUGUUAAAGAAAAUAAACAAAUAGAGAAAAAUGUGCAAGAUUUCCUGUCCUUGACUGGAAUUGAGAGUGCAGACAAGCUGCUGUACACAGACAGAUACCCAGAGGAAAAGUCUCUGAUCACUAACCUCAAACGGAAGCAUGCCUUCAGACUGCACAUUGGGAAGGGCAUUGCUCGGCCCUGGAAGCUUGUGUACUAUCGUGCAAAGAAGAUAUUUGAUGUGAAUAAUUACAAAGGCAGGUACAAUGAGGAAGAUACUAAGAAGCUGAAGGCCUACCAUUCCCUCCAUGGAAAUGACUGGAAAAAGAUUGGGGCCAUGGUAGCCCGAAGCAGCCUUUCAGUUGCCCUCAAGUUCUCUCAGAUUGAUGGUGAUAGAAACCAUGGCACUUGGAGUAAGGCAGAAACUCAGAGGCUGAUCAAGGCUGUGGAGGAUGUGAUUCUAAAGAAGAUGUCUUCCCAAGAAUUAAGAGAACUAGAUUCUAGACUCCAGGAAGACCCUGAAGGUCGCCUGUCGAUUGUCCGGGAAAAACUCUAUAAGGGCAUAUCAUGGGUGGAGGUGGAAGCUAGAGUGGAGACCCGGAACUGGAUGCAGUGCAAAAGUAAGUGGACAGAGAUUCUUACCAAAAGGAUGACCCAUGGUGGGUUCGUGUAUCGUGGGGUCAAGGCUCUACAGGCCAAAAUAACUCUUAUUGAAAGGCUGUAUGAAUUAAAUGUGAAUGAUGCUAAUGAAAUAGAUUGGGAAGAUCUUGCUGGUGCCAUAGGGGAUGUCCCUCCACCUUUCGUUCAGGCAAAAUUUUAUAAGCUGAAAGCUGCCUGUGUUCCCUUUUGGCAGAAAAAGACUUUUCCAGGUGUGGGCAUUAUCAUUAAGGCUCUGCGACCUUUGACCUUAGAGGCUUAUACAGAUAUGUCCAAAAUGACCUUUUCUGUAGAAAUCAUUGACUACUUAUAUGAGAACAGUCUGCCUUUGCUGAAGGAAAAGUUAGCCAAGAAGAUGAAGAAAAAAGACAGCCAGAUCCAGAAGCCCACGGCUCCCAAACAAAACUUCCUCUUCAAAGACAUCUUCCAUUGCGAUGAUGACAGCGAUGAAGGGGGCUUAGAGGAACCCAGCACCUCUGAUACACAGUGACUGGAUCUCCUCUUCCCGCAGACUGCUCUAUUCUCUUGACCUCUGUUGUGCAUUGGCCAUAGAUCCUGCUUCCUAUGAAGCCUCUCCCAUGUGGGCUCCUAAUUCACACGGUGUUUUGCUGGAGCACUCGUGUUCUUCCUAGAAGCCCAGCUGCUGGUCUUGGAAGAGUCUGUCCAACUGCAAGAGUCUGGCAGCUGGAGCACAGCUCCCACUGGAUUCUCAGGACUGGGUGAAAGGGGUCAGUCGGGAAGGUAAACCAACUGUAGGUGUUUCAGAGAGAGAACUUAGGGAUUAGGUCCCAUCCCACAAGGUCUAUGCAUGGGACACACACUAUGCACUGGAGAUAGGCAGAGGGUCACAGGAUUAAGGCCAGCCCGGGCUCCACAGUUUCUCAAGCACCACACACCACGACCUGGAAUGCUGGAGCACUGCCCAGAGAGUGGGCAGCCCACCUCCAGCUCUGCAGUCUCCGGUUCCCUGUGUUCUUCCAGCCGUUCCCCAGACCCAGGCUGGCAGCGACUGCUUCUACUGCUCUGCAGAGAAAUGCAUCUAUGUGUGACCCUUAGCAGAACACUGUUGCAAGGAGUCUGGCCCAUCUGUGCUGGGGAGACAGAGAAAGGAAACUGUGGCUAAUGAAACAGUAUACUGCUGCCCCCAUCGGUGCCACUCGGCAGUCUACUGUAUCCAUGUGCCGACCUGCCCCCAGAAAUCUCAGGCAUAAUUUCCAUGGCACCAUUAGAAGGUGGGCUAAGCCAGCUACUGUGAGAAGGAAGCACAAUAACGGGCUUCUGCUUGCCAUGUAUCCAGCACAGACGUGCAGAUAACAGAGUAAUCGGUGGUACACACUAAUGAACCCAGCAUUCACAUGGGGCAGAAGGAUCGGGAGUUCUGAGUGGUCCUUGCAAGUAGCAGGUUCUAGGCCAGCCUAGGCUAUGGAUAACUCUGUCUCGAACACACACAAAGCAUUGUAUGAAUGGUGUUAUUUUAGAACAUGGUUCUCUACCCAGCCCCCUCUAUCCCUCAGGCAUUCUAGUCUCUGUGCUAACAGGACUAAAUGACUCCUACAAAAAUAAUAGUACUAAUGUAUAAACCAAUUCUAUGUUUGUAAUAGAGAAAAAAUUGAAUAUUCUUUAACAUGAAGUAUGGUCCUAGAAAGGAAUAUUAUAUGGUAAAUUAAAUUGAUUACAAUAGAUCUGGUUGACAUGAAAGUAUAUUUUUGUGAAAUAUUUCAAAAGAAUGUAUAUUUUCUCAGUUUUAUAAAAAUGAAGAAUAAAUUGGUUGUUUAUACAGA